AUAUUUUCAAUAUAUAUUUUUCUACUAUCUUAUUUUGUGAAAUCAAUCGGACUUCAACAAGACUCUCUUAUAGUAUUACUAAUAAAUAGAGUAUUUAAGUAUUCAAAGUACAAUACAACGAGACUUUUUAUAGAUUCACCCAAACUAGGUGGUGAAUUAGCCUCAUUAUUAUGGCUGACAGUGAAAAUUUUGAGUGUGACUACGAAGAAAUUACUAUCACGUUUCACAAGAAGAAAGGAAGACGGAAGGUUGAGGAUGGAAAAUCGAAACAGUCAACUACUAAACACUUAACUUCACAAGAUCAGGAAGUAACGAAAAGUGAUGAACAUAUAAAACUACGAUGCAUGCAUCCAACAACAACAAAUUUAAAGGAAAAAGAAGUUGCGCUUGAUAAGUCAUUGAGAAGAAAAAGUACGUUCAAUGGUGAAGAACAGGAGAUUGGUAAACCAUUACUUGGAACAAAAAAUAAACUACUACGUAUAUCAGAGGUGUACGAACAUUUAGAGAAUUUAUCUGCAACUCUAAAGUGUGUAAAAGAUAUUAAGCAAUCCAAGAACUUGGAAUGUAUGCCGAUAGAGAAAGAAGAACAGUUAGAAGUAAAGAAAGAAGUAAGUCAAGAGAAAGUAGUUCAAACAUCCAAGCAGACGCCAAAAGGAAAUGUUUUACCUAUUAUAGGUGAAGUCAAAAAGAAUCUAGCUAAUUUAAAUAAAUCACAAGAGACAAAUACAAUUCAGGAUAAAAAUAAAAUCAAAAAUAACAAAUUCCUUGAUAUUGUCAGUAAUUUGAGAAAUGAGUUUCUUCUAUACCAAAGAUGUUUAGGAACUAAUAUCAAUACAAAAGAAUCUGAACAACACUUUUGUAAGAUUAAUAAAGCAAAACAAUGUAUUCUAUCCACAGUUGCAGAGAAAUCAAUUGAAAAGAAUAAAUGUAGAAAGUCGGACAUAUCUUCAGUUAAUGUCAAGAAGCUCAAUGUGGUUAACUCGAAAAUAUCUACAAAUGUGAAGACUCAAAAAUUUUGUAAGAAGUGCGGAAAAAAUAGGAAUAUACCCAUUAACCAAAACGUGACAACCACAACACCUAACCAUAAAAAAUAUAUGGAAAACUCCACACAAACUAAACAAACAGAAAGUAAGAUUUUUGUUGGCCCAUCAUCCAAGUCUCAGAAAAACUGCAUGGAAAUUGCACACAAAGAUGAAAUAAAAAGAGAUGAGGUCGAACAGAAAGCAUAUUAUACUGACAACGAUAGUAGCACACAUACAGAGGAAGCAGAACUAGAAGAAUAUCAUAAUAACAGUCAUAAUAAUUCACCAACUAUGACAGAUUCAGUAAAGUAUUUAGUUGAAAUUGGACUCGAAGAAUAUUUAAAACGACUAAGAAAUGGACAACAAGUACCUAAAAUCAAUGAGACAAUAUCCACCACAUCUCCUAAUGACAAUGAUCAUGAUGUUAAUAUGGUUGACGACUUUAAAGUGAAGAAAGAACCCUGUUCAGUUAAAAUAGAUUGCCAAACACAAACAUCUGUUUGCUCAAUAUUUCCAAAACUUGAAAGAAAAAUUAAAUCUAAAACUAAUCACAUAUCACCCAAAGUGAGGUCACUCUUUGGCACUAGAGGAAAAACAACCGAAGGCUUGUCAAUUCAAAAAAAUAAUAAAAUGAACUCGUGUAUGAAAUUGAUGGAAUAUUCUUCCUCAAGUGAAACGGAAUCAGACUAUUCCGUGCGAAGCAUUGAAUGGAGUAUACCAGCUGAAGGCAGAACUAACCCCAGGUAUGCAAGUGAAGCUACGAAAAAGAACACUCAGAUGGAAUUUAGCACUAAAGAGGUUCAAACAGCCCACUCUCAUGCAUGCAUUUACUUAGAUCUGGACGGAGAAUGUGAGAGUUGUAAAAAUGGUUGUCGUCCAAUUUACAAAAAACAUAUACUUGCGAUUAUAUAUUAUAUGAUAAGAGGUUAUAAUCCAAAUGAUGUAGCACUUAUUAUCAACGCAACGAAGCCUAAAAUUUUUCACUUUAAAAUGAUUGCUAUGAGUACCGGUGAGACGCUUAAUUGUUUUUUUACUACAUCUAACGGUUUGGAAAGGGCAAAAAAUGAAGGAGUAAUGAAAUAUUUUCUGGUAUAUUUCAAGCCGGAAUAAAAAUGUGAUGAUGGCUUCGAAGGAAAAUUUCUAGGGCAAGUUAAGAACUAACAGAAAUAAUAAUAUACUGUAAAGACUGCCUAAUAAUUAAAUAUAUUUUUUCUAUUAAAUAUCUUAUACAUAAAAUAUAUAUGAUUAAUUAUAGUGCAAUUCAAAUACAGCUAGUAAAAUAUAUUAAAAA